AAAAACUGAAAGACACAAAAUUGGGUUCGUUCUCAUCUCUCUCUCUCUCUGGUCACGAAACCCCCAAAUCCAAUUUUCAGAUUAUUAUUAGGGUUUUUUCGAUUUCUCUGAUGAAACUGAGAAGAAGAAGAAGAAUAUCUGGUUAGGUUUCCUCAGUGUUGGCAUUUUCUGUGGGCUUUCUCAUCUCUCUCUCUCUUUCAUUCCACCGAUUUUAAGCUGAAAUCUGAGUUUGAAUUGGAACACUCAGAUUCCCAUGUUGACCUCUCCUUGCUCUUCUUCGUCUCUCCUUUGCCAUCGCCCAGCGCUCUCUAGUUCACGUUCCAAGUUUAGGGUUCCUUGUCGAACUGUCUUCUCUCCUGCUCUCACCCAGAUUUCACCUUUAACUGCUGUUUCACCUUCUAAGUCCGCCAAGCACAAAUGGAAGAUCUUUUGCUUUAGAAAUGAGGAUUCUGCUCCCGAGAAUCCUGAGCAAUUCGUGCCUGAGGAAUUAGUUAAGCCAGAUCAUGAUUCUCCAUGUACAGAUAGAAAAGAUUGGAAGGCCACUCUUGAAAAGGCUGCAGAUGCAGUUUUGAAGGCCAUUGGGACUCGAUGGAAGGUACCAUGGACUGUCGAGACCAUUGUGCAGGUAAUGCUUCUGUGGGUAGCUGCUUUCUGGUUCAUUGGUUCAUGGAUGAUCCCAUUCAUGGCUCAUAUAUCAGGUUUCCACAAAGAAUCUCUAACAUUUAGAGGGCAAGCUUUGUUCAGUCUGAUAACCGAUGUAACAGAAGGCCUAGCCGGGAUUGCUAUCCUCCACCGUUGUCUCUCCAUGUUCCGUCCUCUUGCAAGCGAUUGGUUCCGCUUUACCCUCAAAGGAAACUGGCAACUAGAUGUUAUCAUAGGCUGUUUCAUGUUCCCUUUCGUUAACCGUCUAUCACAAUUAAACCUCAAUCUUUUGCCACUCCCACCAACCUCAAGUCCGGUCUCACUCUCAAGUGUGGAGCAGUCGAUAAUGGCUAGAGACCCUGUGGCAAUGGCACUGUAUGCUGUUGUGGUAUCAAUUUGUGCACCAGUUUGGGAAGAGAUAGUGUUCAGAGGGUUCCUGUUACCAUCUCUGACUAGGUACAUGCCAGUUUGGUGUGCGAUUCUUGUGAGUUCAGUUGCGUUUGCUCUGGCACAUUUCAAUGUGCAGAGGAUGUUGCCAUUAGUGUUCCUCGGAGUGGUUUUGGGUUUGAUAUUUGCAAGAUCAAGGAACUUGUUACCGUCGAUGCUGUUGCAUAGCUUGUGGAAUGGCUUUGUAUUCAUGGAAUUGAUGCGAUGAUGAUGAACUAUGUUUAUCCUUUGUAGGUGUAAUGUUUCUUAUUCUUCUUGUAAUUGAUUCAUGUUAUGAACUUUAGCAUCCUUCAUUUUUAAUAAAUGGACAGUUCAAUUGUA